AUGAACUUCUUCAACACUAUAAGAAACUAUUCGACCAGAUAUUUAAGUGGUUCAAGAGCCAGACCUAUAGUGUUUGCUCCUUUACCUCCUAAAAGAGAUGGUGAACAUGUCAUGUCUUUCUUACAAAACAAAUUAUUAGCCAAAUACGAUCCAACUGGACAAAGAAGAAAAUUAGCAGAAACUUUAAGAGCAGGAGAUAUGAUUAAAGUAACUUAUGGGGAUAAGUCCACCGCCUUCGGUAGAAUCAUAGCCAUCAAAAGAGGUCACAAUAACGUAGGUCACAACAUAUUAAUGAGAAAUAAAAUCGGUGGUUUAGGUGUGGAAGUCAGAGUACCAUUAUUUAAUCCUACCAUCAAAAACAUUGAAGUUAUGCAUAAACCUGAAAAAUACUUAUCAAGACGUAAACAUUUCUACAUCAGAAACACUAAACAUGAUGUUGGUAACAUUGAAGAUUUCUUGACUAGAGAAAGAAUUGCCAAAAAUCAAUCAAAUUAA